CAGAGCACCAUCGAGGGCAUCUCACUGGCUGUCAAACGAGCUCCCACGGCAGUCAUGGCGGCGCCGUUAGCCCACUUCGAUGAGGACUGGCAGGAUUUUAACGAAUUCAAACCGUCCUCGGCGUCGGCCGACCAGCUGGACCAGCUCAACUCCAACGUGAGCGAUCCGUCGUCGGGCCUAGACGAUUUCUCAGACCUGGACAACAGUUUCUCCGGGGAGAUCUGCAGCUUCAAAUCGAUGGAGGACCUCGUCCACGACUUCGACGAGAAGCUCACAGUGUGUUUCCGAAACUACAACACCACGACGGAAAACAUAGCCCCCAUUAAACCCAUCACAGAGGACAACUACUUGAAAGACGACGAGGUGUGGAACGCUCUGACAGAUAAUUAUGGCAACGUGAUGGCUGUGGACUGGAAGACAUCGCACACUCGCUCCCUACACCUGCCCACCCUCAACAUCACCACUGAGCAUGAGAAGUUGGAUAACCAGUCUCUAGAUCUGUCUGACGAUGAGGAGCUCAGGGAGCAGAUGGAUAUGCACUCGAUCAUCGUCUCCUGCAUUAACGAUGAGCCGCUCUUCACAGCCGAACAGGUGAUAGAGGAAAUAGAGGAGAUGAUGCAGGAGUCUCCAGAUCCAGAAGACGAUGAGAGUCCCUCACAGUCUGACCUGUCCAUGCUCUCUCAGGACCUCCACACCCUGAAACGCUCUGGCUCCAACACCAGCUACGAGGACCGGCUGCGUCAGCUCUCUGUGUCGGAGCUGACCGAGACUCUGGAGGAAGUGGAGACGUCCAUUCGCCGCUACAGCGAAGAGCUGAUCCAGGCUCUGGCCCUGCGAGAUGAACUGGACUAUGAAAAGGAGGUGAAGAACAGCUUCAUCUCGCUGUUGAUCGACGUGCAGAACAGACAGAAGGAGCACCGCGAGCUGCUGCGGAAGAAGAAGAAAAUCAGAAGUACGACAACAACCGGGCCCAACGGCCAAAGGACAGCCAGCACGCACAUACCAGGCACGCUCCUCACUCUGGAGGGACUCUCCAAUGUCAUUCAAAAUGGCCUCCGUCAAACUUUUGGCAACACAGGAGGGGACAAACAGUACCUAACCACAGUAAUCCCUUAUGAGAAGAAAGCCGACUCCCCAGCGGUAGAAGACCUCCAGAUUCUCACAAAGAUCCUCCACGCCAUGAGGGACGACAGCGAGAAGGUUCCUGCUCUGCUAACAGACUACAUUCUUAAAGCUCUGGUAUGAGAGCAGUGGAAACUGAGGUUUGUGAGGCACUGACACAUUAACACAGAUUCUUCACCUUCAGCCUUCUCUCCAGAGCCUUGUCAACUCUCUUUCUCUCUCUUCGUAGUUUCACUUUCUUCCCCCGCAAAGCAGCCGCCUUCCCUCACUCACUCUUCGCUGUAGUGCCUCUCGUGCUGUGCGGUGCUUGUAGCUGCACUACACCUACCCUGAAACACAUUAAUACACUCACUCACUCACAUAACUCCCCUUUACUGCGAGCUUGCAGCAGCUGUUCUUGUGUCUGCUUUUCACCUGUUUCUCUUUUCUCAUCCCACAUUUUUCCCCGUAGUAGUCGCUCUUUCAUAGCUCUACUUCAUGUCCCACAGUGAAAGCAGCAUUUAUCAUAAAGUGAUCUUGUCUCCCGCAGUGCUUUGUCCCACGUAGAGCCAAAGGCGAGCCUCCUGUUUCCAGAACCAUCCAUUGGACCACCAGAAGAUGGAUCUGGUAACCUGGAAGAACCCACAUUCAAAAUCUUCCUUCCUUCAUAUUUUUCAACACAUAGACUUUCUUUCCUUGUGGCAUUUCUUUUUUUUUUUUUUACACAGCCACUCUUGUUGUUCCUAAGAUUUUAACUCUAGAUUUAACUCCUCGGUCUGUAUAGUUCUUUUCAUACAUCAUGUUUUACCUUUUUAAUGCCUGAGUGCUACAACCCUGUAUAUCCUGACUGCAUGAUGACUUGUCUAUGGAUGCCAGUAAUCAGUAUUAGUCUGAACACCUCACUUCCUGAUUGGCUCUUGAACGGAGAAGUGUCAGGUGUGUUUUUAACUCUGCAGGCUUCAUGAGCAGGCCUUGUGAGAGAAACACGGUCUGAUUUGUAAAUGCAUUUGCAUCUGUGUAGUUCAUACCUGACGGGGAAAACAAAUCCUGGCACAAUCUGUGAAUAUCAAAGUGCCAGGUUUGUCGUGGUGUUGAGCAUAAGUCCUGUUUUUCCUGAAUGGAAACCUUCGCUUUAAUGGCAUUAGUUGAAUGAUUGCAUUUAAUGUCUUGGGGUUGAAAUCUCUGCUUGCUAAGGAUCAAAGAGCGAACCCUUUAUUUUCAAAAUCCAAAAUCAAGAUCAUCCCGUCUUUGCAUGUUGAUUUUGGGUGUAUGCUCAAUUUUGGCAGUUAGUUGAAUGUCAAAAAUGAAAUAUUUUGUAUACGAUUAAGAGAAAUUGCACAGCUUGGGGAACUUUUUACUUUUUGAAAAAGGGAAAAAAAGUGAAACGACGAGAGAAAGUAAUAGCUGGAUGAACAAAGCAUAUUUUUGGAGAUGGAAUAGUUUUUAGUGAGAUUAGGAACUUGCCAGUAGCCACCUUUUGUGACCACGUUGCAACAUCAUUUUGUAAAUGCUGUCCAUUGACCUCUGAGCCCUCAAGUAGUGACCGCCACCCCCAACAACUUUAUCACGUCCCCAGGAGUCAUCAUUACACGAGUCUGAAAAUACCUCGUAUAACAUUUUUGCAUUAGUAAAGAAUGACAGAACUGGUCGUAUCAUUAAGAUAAAUAGCGUAGUUUAAGAUUAUGUUAGGUUUAAUAAAUGUGUAGUCAAGCUUCUGUUAUAAGUUGUGGGUUUUCUUUACGUGUUAACCCUUUAACCCUGUGGUGUAAAUUUUGUGGUAGCACUUUAGUUUGUCAGUGAUCUGGUCAUGUAGUAGUGGAGUAUGCAGUGGAUGUACUCAGAGUGCGUCUCACUACAUUAGUGUUAGAUGAGGCUUAGAAGCUUUAGCUAGUGGUGCCAAAAUAUGUCUACAUGAGGAAUUGUUCUCAUGCGCCCGUCUUUAAAUCUUAUUAGUCAUCAUGAGUAUUUUAACAACCUUAAAGGGGUGCUCCACCGAUUUCACACAUCAGGAUCUCAUAACACAUCAUACAGAUAACUACUGAGCCUAUAUUAAUAGUAAGGGUGUAAGAAAAUAUUGUGGCACUUGAAUAUUGCCAUAUGUUUUGUGGUACCCCAUCAAUUCUCAAAAGCACUUUUUUAGUUAAAGAAAAAAACAUACAAAGAGUUGCUAAAGUGGUUCAUUUUGUGUUGUGUUUGAAGCCCUAACUGCUAGAUAGCAGUAUCGUAAUCUGUCCUCAGCCAUUUGACUCUUCCACUCCAACAUAACAACAUAUUGAUAGAGUUGACACGAGCAACGUGAGUCUAUUAAUAGGCAGAAUAGUAAAAGGUGCAGUGCUAGCCCUUAAACUUAGACUUUAAAAAAGCGCAGUAUAUUGGAUCUUAUUCUGAUAUUUUAACUGGUUACUUGGCAGUCUACAGGUUAAUUUUAACACUAGGUAGCUAGCAGUGUAUCAAAAGCAAAACUGAAACUCUCAUCCCUAGUCUGUAUCGUGGUAGUUAUUGAACAUGAUUCGUAUUGCAUCACCAGAUUCUUGAGAAUACACAGCCCUUCAAACAGGUGUGUAAUGUUGUCUGCAGCUUUGUCAAAGUUGAGGAAAUAGUCCUGAUGAUGUCACUGUGAUGUCAUCAGGGUCACUUCAGCCGAAAUACAAAUUUAUAACAAAAAACUCAUCCAGUUUGAAAGAUGCAUUGGUCGCUUCAAAUAAGAUACACUGUUGUGUUGCAUAAUGGGAAAUGUCAGAUCCUGUGGUUUUGGGGUUGCUUAUUACUAGAGACUAAAAGUCAGAAUAUCUUAGCCUCUGCCUCACUGAUUCUAACCAAUAUUUUGUUUGUCUCGUUUCUUGCAAGUCUGCCAACAUCAUGGCAGCGCAAUACUAAAUCACCGGAGCACCUCUUUGUAACAAUGAACCACCUAUCGAGCACUGCAUGUCUGUUGGUACACUAACGUUCAGAUCACCAGCUGCCACAGGUGCACCACACACUGUCGGAUCAGGUCUAGUCUAGCUCUCAGGUACGAUCAUCAGUGUUUUAAAAUCUUGUUCUGGAAGGUACUGACAUUCCUGAGUCUUUCUAUGUUUCUGGUAACUUUUUCUCAGCUAGACUCGCUGCACUUUUCACAAAUUUCUCUGAAUACCUGGACGAGCCGAUGGAGGUAACCAUGGCAGCCUCUUGACUAAACCAGGGUAGCAUUACCGAUGUUGAUUAUGUUGUGAUUUGUUGAAAUGCUUAAAGUCUUAGACUCUGCUUAGUAGUAAUAGUAGUAGGUGUAGCUAGCACUUGAACGGCACAGUAGCAUCGGCUUGGUGUAGCAGUCUAGCGACGAAAGCGUAGAUGAAGUUGUAACAUCCGAGGACAAAUUUUAAUGGGAGAUGGUGAAACUCACUUGAAAAAGGAAUUUACUAACGGUGGAACAUUUUAAGCAAGUUGCAAGUUUCUGAUGCAUGUGGCCAGAAGAACAGGGCAUAGGAAGAUGACGAGGGGUGUGAUAAAGUUAAUGGACGUUGGGGAAGAUUGCACAAAAGGUUGCUUAAAUUUGAGGGGUCUGUUUUAAUCUUUUGUAAAGAAGACAAAAGCUUGUAGUGCUAUAUUUAACUAUUUAUAUGUAACUGUUGUUUCUACUGUUGCCAGCUUUGCAAACAUUCACAAUCUAGCAUGUGCUACAUGCACUUUACUGCUGCAAACAUUUCUAAUAAUGAUCAAUUUGUUUACAGAUUAAUAUCACACUAAAGGGACAAGUGCAUGUUGUAACGGAAUGCAGAAAAACGUAAAGCAUUACAUUUAAACUCUUAAUAAGAUAUCAAAAAGGGUUAAACAUCUGAAGGCUUGUGGCAGUAAAACACACGAGCCAUUCAGAGAAAACAUCUCUCAACUGAUCCUAAUCUUACAAAAGCUUAAAUAAGAAUCAGUUUAGUUUUAUAAUGGAAUGGCAGUCGGCAUGGAAGGAUCUGGAUCUUGUCUCAGGCCAGAACCCCUCAUCUGGUCUGUUGUUAGCAGACAUAUCAGUGUAACUACAAUUUAGAGAUUUAUAUUUAUACAACAAAACGAGCAACAGAAGAAGAGGCUGCCUUUGUAAAUGCCUGAAGAAUUUUUGUACAUUAAAACCAACUCCUUUUUGUUUUUAAUGCAAUAUAAUUCCCCAGUUUGGGGUUUUAUGUUUACUGUCUCAUGUGGUACUGCAGUAUAUUAAUUUAUUAUGUAAAUGUUCUGUUUUGUAACCAUAUUAUUGACUGUAAUGGUACAAGUGUUUGUGCCCACAUUGCAUUGCAACUCAUUUCAAAUAAAUUAAUAUGUGAAGACUUUAA